UAACACAUUAUAAGCUAUUAUUCUUACAUUUAGUUUCAUAGAUAUAUUUUCCUUUAUAAGUACCAUAAUCCUUCCUACUUCCUUCUACCUUGUCUCACCACAAACUAUUUUGAGUUUUUUGGAUUCUCACUCAAACAAGAGAGAAAAGGACAAAUAGCAAUGAGUUCAGGUUCAGGAGACAAGCAAAACAUGCAUGAACAAAAUGGUUGCUUUGAUCCCAACACAAAAGAUGAAGGUGUUGAAAACUCUCCCAAUGAUAACAACACAAACAACAACAAUAGCCUUGAAGAGAAUUUCAAGCCUUCUGUAGAGGAACUACCUUACCACAAUCAUCAAAAUUCACAACACCUUGAUGAUGUUUCCACUUAUACAAAUGGAUUCACUCCCUCAUCAGUAGACAUUGAACAACUACAAAAUCUUGGUUUGAACAUAGGGAAUACCUACAACAACAUGGAUAACCAUUUGGUACAAGAAGUGUAUCAGAACUCGACUUGGGACCCUAGUGUUCAGGAUAUGGAUUAUGUCAAUCACCAAGAACACCGCCAACUAUCUGAACAACAAUAUCAACAAUUUAUCGAGGCGCAAAACCAUAACCAAAGCUACAAUCCCUCGACCAUUCUAGACCCUCAUUACCCUUCACCGGAUGUCCUUAACCUUCUCAACUUACCUAGAUGCUCUUCAUCUUUGCUCACAAAUUCAUCCACCAUUUGCAUGACAAACCCAACUCAAAAUCCACCCAAUUUUCAUAAUUCAAUGACUUUUCUUGGAGACCUUCCAAUAGGAUCAUCAGACAACACAAGCGGAUCAUCGGUUUUGUAUGAUCCUCUAUAUCCUUUGAAUCUUCCUCCACAGCCUCCAGCUCUCAGGGAAUUGUUUCAAUCUCUGCCUCGAGGCUAUAGCAUGCCAACCAACUCGAGAAAUGGUUCUCUUUUCGGUGGAGGUGAUGAGAUGGAGGGAGAUGGGGAUAUGGGAGUGCUGGAAUUCAAUAGGGUCACUGCUUCUGUUGGCAAAGGAAGAGGAGGAAAAGCUACCAAACAUUUUGCGACUGAGAAACAAAGAAGGGAGCAAUUGAAUGGAAAGUACAAAAUCUUGAGGGAUCUCAUUCCAAGUCCCACCAAGACUGAUAGAGCAUCAGUGGUUGGAGAUGCUAUUGAGUAUAUAAGAGAGCUGAUUAGAACAGUGAAUGAACUGAAAUUAUUGGUGGAGAAGAAAAGACAUGGGAGGGAGAUGUGUAAGAGACUUAAAACUGAAGAUGAUGCUGCAGAAAGCUGUAACAUAAAGCCUUUUGGUGAUCCAGAUGGAAGUAUAAGAACCUCAUGGCUGCAGAGGAAAUCCAAAGACAGUGAGGUUGAUGUCCGGAUUAUCGAUGAUGAUGUUACAAUCAAACUGUUUCAGAGGAAGAAAGUUAAUUGCUUGCUGUUUGUGUCCAAGGUUUUGGAUGAACUUCAGUUGGAACUUCACCAUGUUGCAGGUGGACAUGUUGGUGAAUAUUGUAGUUUCUUGUUCAAUAGCAAGGUGAACGAAGGUUCAUCAGUGUAUGCAAGUGCUAUAGCCAACAGGGUGAUUGAUGUUAUGGACACACAAUAUGCAGCUGGUCUUCCACAUAUAAGUAGGCUGUAGUCAAAAUCAGGCACUAAAUUGUCUGUAUCAAUUGGUACUGACAGGAAUGAGACAUUUUAGAAAAAUAAUGAUGAUAAUAGUUGUAGUAAGAAUUUCAUAGGGAACAUCCAAGAGAUGCUAAAAUUUAUAAGUUCAAUAGUUCCUAUCUGUGUGUGUUUUUUUUUA